GCUGGUUGAUAAGAGAACACGUAAACGUUCUUUAAACGACUGAUUAGAGGUAUAAUAGAUUGUGCGAAGGUUGGUCAGUUUACGCCAUCGACGUUAUUGGUACUAUUGAUACCGUUACAAGGAUUGGUGAAAAGACUGGGUCAGUGGUAGUCUUCGUGUUAAGUCAAAGAACCGAAGUCGCGUUCCUUCUUGCAGUUCAAAGAGUUUACUUGGUGCAUGUGUGCGUGCGUCUUCAGCAAGUGCGACGCGUGUUUGUGAAGAUAUGAAGUGCGCGAAUUUAGUUUUUAUUCUUAUUCUGGGCGGGACUUGGCGUCUUGGCCACCCCACCUGUGUUCUGGAAUCAGAAUUCGGAUUUAUCCUGAACUGCGCUUUUAAGAAAUCCGGACUCUUCCGAGUUAGAAAUCUUGGUGGUGUCAAAGCUCACAUUGGCCUGGGUUUCAGUCUUGGAGAUGAACUGGGAUUUAAGGAGUCACUUACGAACGUUGAAGCUGAAGGUAAUCGCAGACGUUCCGUACCAGGAGCGUCAAAAUUUCAAUCCAUCAACCCAUCACCUCAAAUAAACGCAAAAAACUUAGUAAUACGCCCCAUUCCUUCAAUGACAUCGGCAGACGGCUCCACAAUACCUCCAUUUAAACCCAUUCCACCCGCGCCUGAAAGGGUACCUGUAACUAAAAACAGCACCAGACGAAUUGGCAGCAUCGUUCCAACACCAACCUUCGUAGGAGUUGUUCCCGCAUUUAACGCAAUUCCUACGUCUAUAUCACGCGUCUCCACUGGGGGAAUUAUACCUGUGGAUAGCAACAAACUGUCGCAAACUGGUGAUAAACUAAGCAGCACGAACUUAGCAAUUAGAACACUGGCAUCACCGCUAAACAACGAAAUCUUCCCCACAGUGCCCAAUAACGCAAAAAGUUCCAUUCAGGCUUUGGCGGCCGCAACUAACAUUUCAUCCGAAGCAAUCGAAGCAGCGCUGUUAAUACGCCAACAGCAAUUGGCAGCGAAAAAGGCUACUAUCACGACAACCCAUAAACCACCACCAACCCCUCCCAGGCAUCUAUCAAGUCGAAAUAAGGUUAUGAACGCACCUAAAGAAUAUUACCCUGUCGGUUACGACAAAAAUUUUGAUGAUAAUUUUGCGUCGCGCGUCGAUCUUCCGGAUACGUCGUUUUACUGCGGUGACCAGAAGCAUUUCCCCGGUCUCUACGCCGAUGAGGAUUUGGGGUGCAUGGUUUUUCACGUAUGCGCCCUAACCGACGAUGGUUUGAUCAUGAAGAGCUUUCUUUGUCCAGAAUCAACAUUAUUUGAUCAAACAAUAUUGAAGUGUAACUGGUGGUUUUAUGUAGAAUGUAAAAAUUCUAAAAAGUUGUACGAUUCCAACAUUCCAGUUUCCAAAAGUUAUCAACUGAUGAAGGCAUUAACUUUCUUUUCAUCAUAUAAAAAUGAUACAAGAAUUCCAAAAUCAAACCUAAAAGACUGAGUUAACUGUAAUUUUGUUUAUAUUUAUACUUUUGAUAACUUGACGUACCGAAACGUGUAAGGUAAAAUGCGGGUACCUGUCUAGGGAAAAUCCAUAUUAAUAUCUCGAUAUUGUUUUGUAUUCACUGAUAAGGUAUGUACCUAUUGCAGAAUUACCAAGGAGAGAUUCCUAAAGAGUACAUGAUAAUUAUUUAUUUUAGGUUUAAGGUGUAUUAAUUAUUUACCUAAAUUAUUUAAAAGUUUUUAUAGAUGUAUUAUACAAAGGCAUUAGGUAAUUUGUUGAUUAGAGAUAUAAGUGUUAAGUGAUGUUAUAAUGCAUAGAUGCUAGGUGUGCAACAUAAAUUAAAUGGACAAAUAAAGUAAUUUCUUCCAA